AUGAGAGUUGAACAGCUGUGGAAACGCGACUCGGACGACGACUCGGAUGACGACGAUAAUACGGUGGUGCAGGGCCCUUCCACCGACGACAACGGAGUGCCCUACAACUACCUGACCAUCAUCGACGCCGGCUCCUCGGGGUCUCGAGUGCACAUUUUCAACUGGUUGAGCUCUCGAGAGGCUUCGUCGGGGGCGGAAAAAAGACAAGACACAAACGACAAGAACCGAAGCAAACAAAAGGGCGCCAAGGGCGGCGCGGAGCUGCAUCUGCUCAAGAUGCUGGAGGUGAAACAAGACCCUUCGUGGUACAAGAAGAUUGAUGGGGGCAUGGACUCGUACGUCAAGGACCCGACCAAGGUGGGCAAGAAGCAUCUCAAAAAGCUGCUGAAACACGCCGCCAAAGCCAUUCCGGACGACCAGAUCGCACGAACCCCCAUCUACGUGCAUGCCACGGGCGGAAUGCGCAACCUCGGCAAACAGGACCAACUAGCUAUCAUCGACAACGUGUGUGGAUACAUUUCGGACAAGUCCAACUUCUGGCUGCCCGAUUGCCGAACUCACGUGCGAGUCAUCGAGGGCGGAGAAGAGGGUCUGUACGGCUGGAUCGCCGCCAACUACCUGAUCGGAGCUCUGGAUGAUCCCUCAAACCACGACCACGGCAAGGACCACUCCACCUACGGCAUCCUGGACAUGGGAGGAGCGUCCAUGGAGGUGGCAUUCGAGCCCGUCAAGGGGUCGGGCGAGGGAGGAGCUGCCACCGACGAUACCUCCUACACUCUUCAUCUGGAGGGCAACUACGACAUUCACACCCAGAGCUUCCAGGGAUACGGCGUCAAAAUGGCCCAUCUGGCCUACCUGCAGGCCCUGGCGUCGCAAAGUGCCCAGGAGGGUGACAAGGACGUCAAGAUCGACGACCCCUGCGCCCCCAAGGGCUACCGACGAGACCUCAAGCUCGCCGACGGCACCAAAAUCGAAACCACCGGAUCCGGACUGGUCGAACAGUGCGAAAAGUUCCUCAAGGUGCUGGCAAAGGACCAGUGUCGAACAGCCACUGCCAGGUCACGUGAUCUUGACGGCGAGGAGCCGCCGCGGGGCUGUCUUUUGGACAAUUCGCCCCUGGACAAUCUUGACAUUCACCAUUUUAUUGGUGUUUCCAAGUACCAUGACAUUAUCACUUCUCCUGCUCUUGGUCUUGACGAUGGUUCCAAGUACGACCAUGACAAGUUCAAGCAUGCUGUGAACGACUUUUGUGAAGACGACUGGGACGAUAUUGUCGAGGAGCAUCACGAUGUGUCUGAGAAGCAUCUUUCCAAUCUGUGUUUCCGGGGAAAGUGGCUGGAUGCUGUUCUGGAGGAGGGCUUUGGUUUUGUGGGGUCUUCUGAGAAGAACGAGGACGAGGACGAGGACGAGGGCAACGGUGGCCAAGAGGACGUCAAGGAGGACGCCAAGGAGGUUGAGGAGGCUCCCAAGAAGCCUAAGCGACCCUCUCGGCCACCCUCGGCUAUUGUCGGGUUUGUAAAGGGGUCUGGUAACAAGAAGCCCGAAGACAAGGAGGAUGAUAAGGCGGUUGACGGGAAGAAGGAAGAGGAAGAGGACAAGGACGCCGAGGGCAAGACCAAACUGUCGUCAAUGUCCCAGGCUUCGGUAUCGCACAACGACAAGAUGGUGUACAAUUCUCUGGACAAGAUCAACAAUGUGAUGGUGCGAGAUACUCUUCUUGGAAGAGACACGACCUAUCUCGAUCCCUUCCAGUCUGCGGAUCUCAUCCAGGGCCGUCAGUACUCUUGGCCUCUGGGUCGGGCUGUUCUCUACGCCUCUGCCGAGAACCAGGAAAUGAACAUUGUGGGCUACGAAUACAACCACGAAACCGUGCCUGGAAAGGUGGAGAUCAACGGAGCCGAGCAGAACGUGGAGUGGAAGCGGCCUCAGUACAAGCGAGGAGAGGUACCUACCGACAACAAGACGGGGGACAAGGAAGGCUCGUCGGACUGGCACGAGAUUAUCGAGGACCAUGGAGGAGACCGAGUUUGGGGGUCGGUGGCGUUCCUGUUGAUUCUGGUGAUUGCUGUCUAUCUACUUCUUGGUAAGACCCGACGCCAGCUGAUUUUCCAGUCGGUGUCUUCUCGAAUCUGGAAGCGUCGAGGCGGUGGACCUGCUCGAGGCGGAGCUCGACAACCCUACCGACCGAUUGACGAGGACAUUGAGCUCGGUGAUGUCGAGACCGAGUUCGAGGUGCAUUCCGACGACGAGCGACUUUGA